AGAGAGGCAGGGCCCAGAACAGCUCCCCUACUGAGCAGUGGUGUGGGCCCUAAAUUCACUCUGGGCUUGAGUUCCCUCCACUGUAAAUUGAGGAUAAUAAUAGGUACUUUGCAAGCCUCAUGUGAGGAUUAAAUGAUAACGUAUGUGAAAACACUAAAUGGAAAAGCUGACCACAAUUGCCCUAUAAAUCUUAUUAAGUUCAAGCAUUGCACGGCUCUGGGAUCCAGGGAACACCCACUUCUCUCUCGCUCUCUCUCUCUCUCUCUUUUUUUUUUUGUUUUUUGAGACAAAGUCUCUGUCGCCCAGGCUGGAAAGUGCCGGCUAAUUUUUAUAUUUUUAGUAGAGACAGGGUUUCACCAUACUGGCCAGGCUGGUCUCGAACUCCUGACCUUGUGAUCCACCCAACUUGGCCUCCCAAAGUGCUGGGAUUACAGGCGUAAACCACCGCGCCCAGCCGGGAACACCCACUUCUAAAUUCUCUAUCUUAUUCCCAGGGGACUUUGUCUUGACCUGGAUACAUGACCUCUUGCAAUCAUAUACGUACGUCAGGCUUUAUCCUUUUGCAUUUUUGUGGUUUAAUUUUCAAAACUCCAGAUUGGCUCUUCAAUCAUUCAUUGCACCAACUUUUAUUAAGUACUUCCGCACGUACUAGGCUUCAAGAAUACAAAAGUGCCUUCACAGAGCUCAAGGUCCACUGGGGGAGAAUUUAUCCUCUGUCUCCCCCACUGGAAUGUGACCUCUGAUGACAGGGGCCUUGUUAUUCUUGCUUACAGCAAGUGGAAUAUUGCUUAAGCCAAAACAUAUUAUUGCUAAAUAGGUAUUGAAUAAACAAAGGAGUGUGUAUGAGGGGCAGGUAAAUCUGGGGUUGUGGCCCCUAACAAAUUUAGCCAGGCAUUUUUAGGCCAGGCACGGUGGCUCACGUCUGUAAUCCCAGCACUUUGGGAGGCCGAGAUGGGCGGAUCACCUGAGGUUAGCCUGGCUAACAUGGCAACACCCCGUCUCUACUAAAAAUAUACAAAUUAGCCGGGCGUGGUGGCGAACGCCCGUAAUCCCAGCUACUCGGGAGGUUAACGGAAGAGAAUCGCUUGAACCCGGGAGGCAGAGGUUGCAGUGAGCCGAGAUGGCGUCACUGCACUCCAACCUGGGCAACAGAGUGAGACUUCGUCUCAAAACAAACAAACAAACAAAAAACAUACUUAGCCAGAUUUUCUCGCUUUUUGUUUUGCAAAUUAGGAGUCCAUCUGGUGGUUACAGGGGGAAAGGCAUUCCAGGAAAGGAUAGAAGGAUACAGAAAGCAAUGGAAGAAACAGCAUGAUCUUUUCUUAGGGGUUCUUAGUCUCCUGUCCCCAAACUUCUUAGAGUUAUUCCUGUUGGACCGGGCGCGGUGGCUCACGCCUGUAAUCCCAGCACUUUGGGAGGCCGAGGCAGGCGGAUCACAAGGUCAAGAGAUAGAGACCAUCCUGGCCAACACGGUGAAACCCGGUCUCUACUAAAAAUACAAAAAUUAGCGGGGCGGCGUCUUGGCGCGCGCCUGUAGUCCCAGCUACUCGGGAGGCUGAGGCAGGAGAAUCGCUUGAACCCAGGAGGUGGAGGUAGCAGUGAGCCGAGAUCGCGCCACUGCGAUGCCGCCACUGGGCGACAGAGUGAGACCUCGACUCAAAAAAUAAAAAAUAAAAAUAAAAAAGAAUUAUUUCUGUUUGUGUAUGUCUUCUUCUAAGGUAGGGAGGAGUGUCCCGGAUUCUCAAGGUGUUAGGGCCCUGAUCUCUCAAGACCUCUCAGAGGAGGAAGAGACUUCUGAGCUGACAGGAGUUUUCUCAGCUUCUCCAGUUCGAGGAUUCUUGUCCUAUCCUCACUCUGAUGUCCCCUCACAUCCUGGAGGUCUCUGGGUUGCUCUUGCCCCAUCCCGUCACUGGUGGGACUCCCGGGAGGUCACUUCCAUCCCUAGCCCUGGUCUCCGCUCUGUCUCCGCUCUCACUGCUGGAAUGUUUCCCAGCUUGCUUGGCUGUAAACCUAAGGCAAGUUGCUUGCCAUUUUUGAGCCAGUUCCCUCAUCUACAAAAUAGGAAGGAUAAUUCUCACCCCCAAAAAAUUGUUGUGAGGGUUAAACAAAAUACUGCAAAGCGCUAACCAUAAUUCGUAGCCUAUAGUAAAUAUUCAGUAGGUGAUGGUUAUUUUAAUUCGCCCUCUCUCACUGCCCCUCCUACCCUAGCUCUGGGAGCCUCUGCCUCCGGGAGCAGGAAAUAGGGUUCCGGGAGUGGAUUAGUUUUGGGUUUCACUUAAUCUGGGAGGCCCUUCCGCAAUCGGAGCCCUCACAGAGGCCAAACUGAUAUAAAUCUGCUUAGGAGGCCUGAUUCACAGACGCUGCAGGAUGGAGCGGGGCGCAGGAGCCAAGCUGCUGCCGCUGCCGCUGCUUCUGCGGGCGACUGGUUUCACAUGUGCACAGGCAGAUGGCCGGAACGGCUACACGGCGGUCAUCGAAGUGACCAGCGGGGGUCCCUGGGGCGACUGGGCCUGGCCUGAGAUGUGUCCCGAUGGAUUCUUCGCCAGCGGGUUCUCGCUCAAGGUGGAGCCUCCCCAAGGCAUUCCUGGCGAUGACACUGCACUGAAUGGGAUCAGGCUGCACUGCGCGCGCGGGAACGUCCUAGGCAAUACGCACGUGGUAGAGUCCCAGUCUGGAAGGUGGGGCACAGGGGUCGAGGAUCCCUUGGGGUGAUGCUGGGGCGAAUGGAGUGAGCCGCUGUGGUGUCGCGGCGGCGCCUACCUAGUGGCUUUCUCGCUUCGCGUGGAGGCACCCACGACCCUCGGUGACAACACAGCAGCGAACAACGUGCGCUUCCGCUGUUCAGACGGCGAGGAACUGCAGGGGCCUGGGCUGAGCUGGGGAGACUUUGGAGACUGGAGUGACCAUUGCCCCAAGGGCGCGUGCGGCCUGCAGACCAAGAUCCAGGGACCUAGAGGCCUCGGCGAUGACACUGCGCUGAACGACGCGCGCUUAUUCUGCUGCCGCAGUUGAACGGCGCCGCCGCCGCCGCUCUCUCCCGGGCCAGGAGGCUAGUCCCACCCCUUGCUAUUAAAGCUUCUCUGAGUUGA